UUUCAGGGAAGGGGUGGUUGGAUUGUGUUACGAUUGCCAUAACAAUUCGACAAAUUGUUGGCACGUAAGGGAGGCUUUCGUUGAUGUUCGACCCCUUACAAUGUCAGGCUGGGCUCAAAGGAUGCAUCGUGGAGCCGCUACUUUGAGCAACGUCGUAACUUCAUGUGGUCAUACUCCAGUUCCAUAUCCUACAAGGAUGGAAAAAGUAAAAUUUGGAGUUAUUCUUGACCAAGUUUGUAAGCAUGAUAUUCCUGGCCCUUUGCUUAUUUUAAUACUCAAAUUGAAUAAAGAAGGACCUUAUAAAAAAGAUGUGUUCCGAGCACCAGGUCAUCAAGGGAACAUGAAAAAACUCACCCAUUUCUUGCAACAUGGACGUCUAGUCAACAUAGAAAAUUUUUCAGUUUAUACUAUAGCAUCUGUUUUAAAGAAAUUUUUAAGAAAAUUACCUGGAGGGAUUUUUGGACCAGAAAAUGAAGAAGCUUUAUUUGAAAUAAUUAAUUUAGAUAAUAUAGAUGAAAAAAGGGAUAGAAUUCAUAGGCUUAUAACUUCACUUCCUAUUGUUGCUCAACAUCUUUUAGUUCUUUUGUUUGGUACAUUCCGCGCCAUUUCAAGCUGUUCUGAAAAAGCACAAACCGGUAUGUCUUCAGAAGCUCUUGGAGUUAGUGUAGCUCCAAGCUUUUUCCAAUCUUGUGUUAGUGAUGGAAAAGUAGCAAGAAUGGAAGAUGUUGUACGAUUUAAGGUGGCUACAAGAAUAAUGAAGUUCCUCAUAGAUAAUUUUGGUGUUAGUAACUUAUUUGGACGAGAAAACUAUGAAUAUUAUGCAAGGAUCACUGGACGGAUUCUGAAGGUGGAAGAGGAUUGGAUAUUUGCAUUUCGAUACCCCCCAGACUCAUUAGUUUCACGUAAUUAUGACUGCAAAGCCUCACUGGAGACAGAAAAGUCCUGGCUCCAGCAAGAGGCAGAGCGAUGGGGCUUGCCUUUUAAUUUAGAAGCUAUAUCUUCUCAAGAAGAAUGUCGAAGUACUCCUGCUUUAAUUCAUGCUAGUGAACCAAUGGUUCAAGGAGAUGGUCCUCAACUAAGUGGUAGUCUAAGUAAUUUGGGAGACACCUAUACGAGGCUGAGUGUUUCUUUAGAAGACAAUGGCCUUUUUAAGGCAGCUUCUCCCAUGUCUUUUUUGGCCCUUGAUCCAGAUGAGCUGAAAGCAGUUAAUCGCUAUGCUGAGAGCACAAAGUCUUUAUCCUUUCUGCCACAGGUCCAUGAAAGGCAAACUGCCCGAAUGCGGACCCGAUCGGAGUGGUUUCUCAACCCUUCUCCUUGUCCCUCACCAACUCCAUUCAGUGUUCAGCCUGAGAUUGCCGAAAUGGAAGAAGUUGCUGCGAAGCUUAUGAAAACAUCAGACUCUAAGAGAGGGUCAAAUGCAUCUUCUAUUUCUUCAAAUUCAUUAUUAAAUUCUGUGGGUGCUGGAAGUGACAAACAACUUGUUCGGCGUUCUUCAGGCAAGGAGAAACGUCUAGUCCGUCGUUCGUCAAGUAAAAGUAAACGAGAUAAAGAAAAUGGUGCAAACACGUCGUGUAUUUCAACAUCCGGUAUUGCUACUUCAAGCAAAACUAAGUGGGACUCUGGUGCCAAUAAAGUAGUUUCCCUGGGUAGUUCUAUGUCUGUUGAGCCAACUGUUGUAUCGGGCUCAAGCCCAGCGCGUGCUAAAGUUAUUAAUCGACUUUCGAAUCCGGUUGGUAUAACUGAACAAGACUGCACAGAACUUGAUGUUCAAACUUUUCAUGUAACGCUCACUUAUAAACCUCGAAUAUGACCACUUACUGUUGAUUUUUUAAUUUGUUAUCAUCUGUAAAUACUAUAGCUGUUAACUGUUGAAAGAAAAAUGCCAAAGUCAUAAAAAUGUCUCAACAUUCAUUCUGCAUAUGUCAUGUAAUUUUUCAUUUGCAGUCAUUUUUCACUUAUUUAUAAAAUAGUUUAGUACAAGUUUAUGAUCUCGCUUAAAUGGUUUCGUUCACUGCCAGAAUGAAAUGUUUGUAAAACAUUACAAGAUGUUACAAAAUGCAAAGUUUUUUAUUUACUUCAUACAUUUUCCUGUUUUGAUUUAUUUUUCUCUUUUUUGGAUACGUAACAUUUAGAAUGAAUGUUGCUUUUCUACUCUCCAAAUUUUUAGUCAAAAAUGAAUGUUUCACAAGUAAUAUACUUUCUUUCAUAAAAGAGAUAAGUAUACGUUUUUGUAAUUUUUUAAAAAUUAAUUUUGAUUGUAUGCAUGUGAUAAUGGAUGUGUAUAAAACUGUGCAUGAUAUAAUGAUACUUUUAAUAUUUGAAUGUGAUCUUUUAUGAUGUAAAACCCAUUAAUAAGUAUCAUAACGAUUCAAUUUAUACUUUCAUACUAAUUUUUUAUACCAUUCAUUUUUGUUAGUUUUGUAUUUAAAUCAUUUCAGUGUACUUUGUCUUCAGCAAAACCUUUGUGUUUUCAAUAUUUGCCUGGAAGAGCUUUGAAAUUAGAUUACAAUUGGCCAAAAUGAAGAGCUUUGUGGUCUGUAUUGUGUAUAAUAUUUAAAAAAGUACUGCAGUUUGAUUUAUUGUUGAAAUUUAUUAUUGAUAUCUGUAUAAAGAAUGCUCGUUUUAAAUCUAUAAAUUAUAGUAAAAAUAAUCUUUUUUUCACCACAUAUUUCUUUAUUAAAUUAUUUUACUUUUAUUGGAGAAUUUAAUUGGCAAUAACGAAAUACUUUGAGGUAUAAAAGAAAGAACCAUGUAUCUUAUAAGAAAAAAAAAAUAUAUAUAUAUAGUACACUGCAACAAGCUCCCUACAUUAAUGAACAGAGAAUAGGACUGCUAUAAAAUAGCUUAUAACCCUUUCUGGCACAGUAAUCACGAAAAAAAAAAAAAAAAAAACACCAAUUUCAAAAUUUGCCAAAAAUAUUCUUUUUUCUCUUUAAAACCACCAAGAUUUCUGCAGGGGUAGUAUUUUGUUCUCUUUAAUGAUUAUAGAUAGCAGCAAUGCAAAACAGCUGAUUCUGCUGGCUCAUUUUUUUUUUGUUCAAAUCACCCCAGUUUUCAAACUCAAAAUUGUGAAUGUUUGUAAGAUUUUAAAAUUUUUAUUUACCCUAAAACAGUUGACCAUUUUUCUUCAUUUUCCCUGAGGUAUUCCAUCAUAUUUUUUUGUGAA